AUGUCUCCUUACAGGCUCGUGUUUGGUAAACCUUGCCAUUUGUCGGUAGAACUGGAACACAAAGCCUUUUGGGCCGUGAAACAAUGCAAUAUGGAAAUGGAUGCAGGGGGUGAGCACAGAAAACUUCAAUUGCAAGAACUGGAGGAAAUUCGGAAUGAUGCUUUUGAGAAUGCGAGAAUGUACAAGGAAAAGAGUAAGGCAUUCCAUGAUCAGCGUAUCACACGAAAGACAUUUACAGUUGGGCUGAAAGUUCUCCUGUAUCAUUCUCGACUCAAACUCUUUCUUGGAAAACUCCGUUCUAGAUGGGUGGGACCCUUCGUUGUUACCAAGGUAUAUGACCAUGGUGCGGUGGAGAUUCGUAGUGAGGACACAGGGAAGGAAUUCAAGGUGAACGGUCAUCGAAUAAAGCCUUACUAUGAGGGUUAUCAGGUCCAGAACCUUGAAGUGGUGGAGCUAGAAGCUCCACAUUAUGAAAACUAG